CAUCUUUAGCUGUCUCCUUGUUUCCAGAAUUCGAAGCUAGAGGAUUUUGACCCUGAAAUCAGCCACAGAUCCCUCUGCACGAUGUCCAACCCCAACGUUCCACCUCCCGCCUACUCUGACAAUGCUCCUGCCCAGAAAACUUACGGGGCGACGACCUCGCCUACUUCAGCUGCCGAACCCCUUCUUGGAGCUCAACGAGGCAUGCUCGCCAGCGGAUCUGGCCGGGAUGCCUGGAUGGACUCUGGUGACGAUAUCGAGGCCGCCGGAGACGACUUCAAAGAUGACAGGCCCGUAGACGAAUGCGACCAGCUCAUCAGGAUAGGCUUUAUCAGACGGGUCUACAGUAUUCUACUUUCUCAGUUAGCUCUGACUACCGUGGUCGCUGGGUGGUUGCACCUUUCGCCCACUGCCACAUCGAUCAUGCACAAGACCCCGUCCUUGAUAUUCAUCCCCAUGAUCGGAACAUUCUUGACCCUCUUUGGGGUUUCAGUCCGCCGCCACUCAUAUCCUAGCAACAUGAUCCUCUUGGGCCUGUUCACGCUGUGCGAGAGCUUCUUGGUCGGAAUGGUCACUUCCUACUAUGAGAGCCGCAUCGUCUUGCAAGCCCUCGCCUUGACUUGUCUGGUAUUUGUCGGGCUUACGCUUUUCGUCUGUCAGAGCAAAUACGACUUUUCCGGGAUGGGACCCAUGCUCUCGGCUGGUCUUUGGGGAUUGAUCGGCGUGGGAUUGAUUCAGCUCUUCCUGCCAUUCUCCACCACUACCGACCUGGUGGUAUCCGCUUUUGGGGUGAUAAUCUUUGCGGGAUACGUGGUGUUCGAUACGUUCAACAUUAUGAAGCGUCUGAGUCCGGACGAGUACAUCUUUGGCGCGUUGAGUCUCUAUUUGGAUUUUCUGAACUUGUUCUUGUACAUACUCCGAAUCCUCAACGAUUCGCAGAGGAACUGAAGAACCGGCGAUCGUAGUUAUAAGCCCUGACUUCAAUCACCAUCCUGCUCCGUGUCUCUAAUUGUAUGAU